GACAAAUACGUUGGUAUGGGGGAUUAUGUGGACAACCUUGAAGUAACGAGUGCUGGCCAGGAUAUAACCAAUGCUUUCACGGAGAGCGGAGAAUACCUGACGACCGCUGUCGCCUCGUCUCUCGAACUUAAUAUCGGUGUUGCUAACGUUGAAUCAGAUGUCACAGUGGAAACCUUCUCGGUCAAAAUCGAGGCAGAUACUCCUGGAGCUAAAAUUGAAAGCGUCGAAUUGGUGUUAUUGCAGGAGGAUGACACUACGUUGACAACUCUGACCCUAGAGCCUGUGUCCCUUACUGGGCCCACAUUUAGAAGUGUGACGGGCGAUUUCCCGGCAGAUUUUACAACUGGGAGAAUGCUUCUACGCACGGAGAGUGACAUAGAAACGACUUUCAAGUUAUCUGAGUUGCUCAUUAAGGCUUGUUUCGAACCAACAGGCACUACUCCGUCGCCGAAAGGACCAGGAGUACCACCGCCAGGACCGACCACACAGGCACCAGGAGUUGGCACUACUCCGUCGCCGACAGGACCAGGAGUACCACCACCAGGACCAACAACACAGGCACCAGGAGCACCACUCCGUCGCCGACAGGACCAGGAGUACCGACCCCAGGACCAGCCACACAGCCACCAGGAGUACCGACGCCAGGACCAGCCACACAGCCACCAGGUGUACCAACGCCAGGACCAGCCACACAGCCACCAGGUGUACCAACGCCAGAACCAGCCACACAGCCACCAGGUGUACCAACGCCAGGACCAGCCACACAACCACCAGGUGUGCCAACGCCAGGACCAGCCACACAGCCACCAGGUGUACCAACGCCAGGACCAGCCACACAGCCACCUGGUGUACCAACGCCAGGACCAACCACACAGGCACCAGGAGUUGGCACUACUCCGUCGCCGACAGGACCAGGAGUACCACCGCCAGGACCAACCACACAGGCACCAGGAGUUGGCACCACUCCGUCGCCGACAGGACCAGGAGUACCACCGCCAGGACCAACCACACAGGCACCAGGAGUUGAAACAAGAGCAGUAG